AUGGCGCUCCCGAAUCAGCUAACCGUUAAUUACCCAAGCUUUAAGCUCGUCAUCGUCGGCGACGGCGGAACCGGGAAAACAACCUUCGUGAAGAGGCACAUCACCGGAGAAUUCGAGAAGAAAUACGAACCGACAAUUGGAGUCGAAGUCCAUCCGUUGGACUUCGACACCAAUUUCGGGAAGAUCCGGUUCUACUGUUGGGAUACCGCGGGACAGGAGAAGUUUGGCGGGCUUAGGGAUGGAUACUAUAUCCAUGGGAACUGUGCCAUCAUCAUGUUUGACGUCACCGCCCGGUUAACCUACAAGAACGUUCCGACGUGGCACCGGGAUCUCACCCGGGUCUGCGAGAAUAUCCCGAUUGUGCUCUGCGGGAACAAGGUUGAUGUGAAGACCCGACAGAUUAAGGCCAAACAAGUGACUUUCCACCGCAAGAAGAGCCUUCAGUAUUAUGAGAUUUCCGCUAAGAGCAACUACAACUUUGAGAAACCCUUCCUUUAUCUUGCUAGGAAACUCGCCGGGGAUCCUAGCUUGGUGUUUGUGGCGACGCCGGCUCUUCAGCCGCCCGAGGUGCAAAUCGACUUGGCUAUGCAGCAUCAGCAGGAAACCGAGCUUGUGGCAGCUUCCCAACAACCCCUUCCCGAUGACGGUGAUGACGCGUUCGACUAA